GAGGGAGACAGCCUGAAGAUAACUAGAGCAUCACAGGUCCUCGCGCCAGACCGAGCGGGGGGGUUUGAAUCAUCUCGAGCCUGGUCCAGCUCCAAUCCUGCGCGACGAUUCUGUCGAUUCCUUUGUCCACCAACCACCCCGGUCCUAUCUAUUCUACCUGCAGCGCACCGGAAGAUUUCGUUCGCUCGUCCGCUCGUUCAUAUUCUCUUUUAAACUUUCUUGGUCUACAGUUACCUUUACACUCUUUUCGAUUCCAGGCGCCUCGUGUAGUACGUCGGUUGCUGUUCCGACCGACAUGACAAUAUGAUCUCCAGUAGAAAACACGAUGGCGCGCAACACGGUUAUGUGGAUCCUGCAGUCCAACUGAAUGUCGGGCUUUGGACGCUCUUUGCCGGUGCAACUGCUUUCUUGGCUAUGAGGAUAUGGAUCAAAGUUACUCGUCGACAUGGUUUGUGGUGGGAUGACCACAUUCUCCUCAUUUCAUGGGUGAUACUAGCUGCCAACAACUCCAUCAUUACUCUUGAAUACGCAACUGGUUAUGUCCAAGCUACCUGGGAUGAUCGCAUGCACAUACUCAUCAAUAUCACUUCAUGCGGCACUCUUAUCAACCAAUCGCUUACCAAGACGGCAUUUGCAGUCACUCUGCUGAAGCUUACCAAGAACUGGGGAAGAUGGAUCCUCUGGUUCUGUAUCAUUUCUAUGAACUCGUACAUGAUCGCAAAAGUUAUCCUGCAAUGGGCAAAGGUCUGCGGAAAGUCAUCCUACGACGUCUGGUAUCGUCUCGACUUCUGUCUCGAGCCAAAGUUCAGGGAGGAUUUCAAAGAGGGUGGCAACGUCUACAACAUUAUUAUGGAUUUCGUCCUGGCAGUCUUUCCAUGGGUCAUUACCUGGAACCUCGAUAUGCGAAGGGUUGAGAAAAUUGGUCUUUGUGUUGCCAUGAGCCUGGGUAUGGUUGUCGCCGUUAUAUCAGCCAUCCGCACAGGCUGGAAGGACGAGGGUAACCAGAAAGACGAAUGGUACUUUUGGCGCAACGCCCACUCCAACAUCUGGUACUCAUCGGAGAUCGUCGGCACCAUCAUCGUCCAGUGUAUUCCCGUCUUACGACCUCUUAUCCGCGAUAUCAAAACCUCUCUCACUUCGAAGAAACUCGCAUCUGGCGAUGAGUUGACCAGGCGCAGCAGAGGCCCAUCCGUUUUCGGCUUCGGAUUCGGUCCAGGCCCGACCAUUGGCACAAAAUCAUCCCACAAGGCACACAUCUACUCCGACGCACGCACUACCUUCAACGACACAAAGAGUGAUCCCAACCCCGAUUCGUGGGACAACCAAGGCAUCUUUCAGAAAAGGGAAUUCGAGCUCACCACCAUGGAAGUCAAAGCCCAAAAGGGAGCAGAAUUGGUGUGAAAGCUUGUUUUUCUUUUUUAUUUCUGGGCGUAGUUGUUAGGAUUUUGGGGAAAAACACGGUCAGAGUAGAAUACAAUGCUUCGCGGCAAAGGAAAAAAAAUGAUGUU